CUUUAAAUGUGUCUUGGGCAUGGAUGUUGUAAUUAUUCGACAAGUUGAAUAAUUUCGCGUCCAAUUCUUUGCAAAAGUUAACAGUAGGCUAUAGUGUUUAUAUGGGCUUGCUUUCGUUAAUCAAAAUAUUACAAUUUGCGUUUUAUUUACGCAAAUGAAUAGGCCUACACAUUCGCACCGACGAGGUAUAGCGAAUCCAACCAAAUCGUCUUUUGAUGGUGUGCCUGAACUUGAGAGAUUUUCUGAUACUUCAAGGGAGUCUUUUCUGUUUAAACGGGGCGUUCAUCCGUGUGAUAUUUGACAGUCUACGUAUUCCGGAGUUUACUUGCUCAGUAGAGAGCAACCUGUUUCUCAUGCCACCACUUGGAGACUGAAGGGAGCCUACCCAAGAUUUGUCCUCACAGACUCUUUUGAAUGAAAAGUAGCCUAGUCGAAGAAAAAGCUUUUCAAAUGAUUACAGAGCUCUGGUAUUCAUUUACAACAGUCAGAGAUGAAGGAAAAGUCCAAGAAUGCGGCGAAGACGAGACGAGAGAAAGAAAAUGGAGAAUUUUAUGAACUGGCGAAAUUACUGCCUUUACCUUCGGCCAUCACAUCACAACUGGAUAAGGCUUCAAUCAUUCGGCUGACAACCAGUUACUUGAAGAUGAGAGCCGUGUUUCCGGAUGGGCUGGGGGAGGCCUGGGGCCAGCCUACCAGAAUCAGCCCUCUGGACAACAUGGCAAAAGAACUGGGCUCCCAUCUACUGCAGACUCUGGACGGCUUCGUAUUCGUUGUCGCUUCAGACGGCAAAAUCAUGUACAUCUCUGAGACUGCAUCAGUCCACCUCGGCCUAUCCCAGGUGGAGCUGACGGGCAACAGUAUAUUUGAGUACAUCCACCAAUCAGACCAUGAUGAGAUGACGGCCGUGCUCAGCGCCCAUCAGCCCCUCCACCAUCACUUCCUGCAAGAGUACGAAAUUGAGCGCUCUUUUUUCCUGAGGAUGAAGUGUGUAUUGGCCAAGCGUAAUGCAGGACUGACGUGUGGAGGAUAUAAGGUAAUCCACUGCAGUGGGUAUUUGAAAAUCCGUCAGUACGUGAUGGACAUGGCGCUUUUUGACUCGUGUUAUCAGAUCGUGGGUCUGGUGGCAGUGGGCCACUCCCUGCCUCCCAGUGGUAUCACAGAGAUCAAGCUCCAUAGUAACAUGUUCAUGUUCAGGGCCAGCCUGGACCUCAAGCUCAUCUUCCUGGACUCCAGGGUGGCUGAGUUGACGGGACACGAACCCCAGGACCUGAUCGAGAAGACACUAUACCACCACGUGCACGGCUGUGACGCAUUCCAUCUACGCUUCGCUCACCACCUCUUGUUGGUGAAAGGGCAGGUCACUACUAAGUACUACCGUAUGUUGUCCAAGCACGGGGGCUGGGUGUGGGUGCAGAGCUACGCCACCAUCGUCCACAACAGCCGCUCCUCCAGACCCCACUGCAUCGUCAGCGUCAACUAUGUUCUCACGGACGUAGAGUAUAAAGAUAUGCAGCUGUCUCAGGAGCAGAGUCGAGCGGCCAAAUCCAGCUUGGCCUUUAAGAGUGGCCCGGCCUCCUCUCAGGACCCCCGCAAACAACUUAAAGCCAAAGCAGUCAAGAUCAAGAGCAAACUCAAAACAGCCCCCUACCCUCAGCCCAACAUCAUCUACCAUCCAGACAAGCUGGACUGCUCCCCCCAAGGAGAGGCCUGGAAGGAGAGCCCCCCCUACACCCUGACCCCCUGCCAGGGGCAGAGCUCUGGCCCCUCUGGAGGCCCAGAGGCUGGAGAGGUCCUGUGUAGCAUCAGCUCCCCGUAUGGCCUCUCCUUCCCCAACCCAUAUGGACACCUACCCCACACGGAAUCCCAGAGGAGGUUGCGACCCACCCAGGGUUCCUCUUCCGCCUCGCCCUCCCCGUUUUCCCCCAGCCUGGCUGCCCGGCAGCUGCUCAGCUCCCUGCAGGAUCGAGGGGGCGAGGGGCACUGGAGCUGUGCCAACGCCAAAACCCAUCCCGGUCACACCCUAAGGCCCUCUGUUGCAUCGUGUGCCAUCACCACUGCCACUGCAGCAGCAUAUUCCGGCCCUACGGCGAGCAGGGGGUACCCCCACAGCGAACCCCUCCAUGGCGUCCUCUCCAGCUGCUCGACCCUGCGCCCUAUCAGCAGGUACAAGGAAGAGCCCUACGAGCAUCACACGCUUGGCCAGAGAAAGACCACAGAGGACCGCCUGGCCUCCCAGUCACAGGCCACGAAAGAGGACAGCAAGCUGCCGUUCAAUCGAGACCACCUCCACAAGGGCUCCGAGGGAGGUGGUUGCAUAGUAGGGGAGAAGCCUUUGUCCUGUCCUCUGCUGAGUGGCUCUGUGCUGGAGAAGGCGAGCUAUAAGCAGUCCGGGUCCCUCCACGGCCUGGGCCAGCCCUUCCCCAUGCAGGUAGUGCUGGAGCAGCGCAGGAGGCUGUGUAUGAUGGAGUCCCCCCUACAGCCACAGUGCCACUGGCCCCUUGGAGCACACGGACAGCAAUUGGGAGCGGAGGACCCCCAAGCUGCUGGAGCCUGAGGCGGGGGAGAGGAGGAUGUGGAUGGGGGUUGGAGUUGAAGUUGGGGUUGGGAUGGGGGUUGGAGUUGAAGUUGGGGUUGGGAUGGGGGUGGGAGUUGAAGUUGGUGUUGGGAUGGGGGUGGGAGUUGGGGCAGGCCUGCCGGCCCAGGCUCCGUACAUGUCUUUGAACCUCCACCAUGUCUUGGCCAAACACAGCUCCUUCCAGGCCCCGCCCUAUGCUGCCCUCGGCCAUUUGUCAGACAGCUACGGUUACCGUGGUGAUGAAAUGGGUUCUUAUGGCUACAAGAGCCAAAGCCCUGCCUCUGGCUCCUCCCCUGAGACCCACAGGGAGAUCCCCUCAUUACAUCGGCACGUCCGUCAUCAUCACUAACGAGAGGUGACACAGCCUGGGGUUGAAGGUCAAGAAGGGACAGACACCCUUAGACUUCAGCCUUUUUGGUCAGACACAGACCAUGACCAAAAGCUGUAUCAGUGACUAUGUCAGACAUAAGUCGAGUCACUUUCUGGGGACCCCCAUUUCUGUUUCCCCCGAUGCUUUCUACACAAAUAAACCAAUGUCAGACUCCUGUAAGGAGCAGCCAGGAAUUUCAGGUUUCUUGAAUAUAUUAUAUUUGUGGCAUACAGUUUAGCCAGUAGCAUAUGUAAUGCAUUCUAGUUCAAAGCCAUUUCUUUUGAUAAGACGUCAAUCACCUUUGAGCCAUACGGUACAUCAUUUGAGGUACAAAUUAUUGCCUGUGAAGAAUACACCCCUCUAAUGUUGUAACUCAUAGAGGUACCAAUCAUACAGACCUGAACAAGAAGAGACUAUAGAAUGUAGCAUGAGUUCAACCCAAUUUGCAAGCUAGUUCAAGUGCAAACUGUUUCCAAUGCACGUAUAAGUUAUGCCAACAGAAAAAUUACAGUUGCAAAUAUUGAACGUGGACACUGUCUUGCAAACAGUAAUGAGGGUAAAUAUCCUUCAUCCUCUUUUGAAGUUGGAAUUAAUUUGGUUUAUUCUACCCAUAGCAGAGAUUGGAAACGUAAUGUGUUUAUUUAUUAUUGUGCAACACAAAGCAGCUUGCUUAUUUAUGAAGGAAACCAGGGUCUAACAAGUAUAAUGAAAAAAAAUCUACUGCAUUGGGGGAAAUUAAAUGAAAUAAAACAAGGUAGUUUGCUUUCAUUCUGAAUAAAUAAUUCAAAUGAAAUGUCAUGCCAGACA